CUCGACCACAGCUGAUGUCGUCCGGUGCCGUCAGUGUCGCACGUCCGAAUACGCGCCGCCGUCUACUACUGCCACAGUCAUUUUCCGUUUUACUAUUGUCAUAAUAUUGUGAUCAACGCCGUUUCGAUUUUUGUCGUUUAAAUCUCUCCCCCCCCCUGCCCCCCCAAACAUAUUGCCGCGUUACAUCUCGGGGAUAUAUAUUCAUAUGUAUAUAUUAUCGUUAUAAUACAGAAAACCGCCACACGACUACGGCUAUUGUACACUUAUUGCACACUCCAGGCAAUGCAAGAUUGUCGUCGGGCACACGCGUCAACACGAUGAUGGCCGGUCGUUCGGUUGUUCCAAAACAGAGUCGUUCGGUUUGCGAAUCAUACACUUUGUCGUCGACCCGGCUGCUGCUGUACUCGAAAAAGCUAUCGAUAGAAAUGACAUGAAAGUAAUUGUAUGUCAGAGCGGGGUACAGCCCCCAAGCGAUGGGAGAGAGCGCCGGCGACGCUAACAAUUCCACAAAAUCAGACAUCUUGAUAAAAAGAGAAAUGAUAAGAGCCGAAUUCUACAGGACAUACGACGUUAUGACCGGAGUGAGAAUUGCCUCGACGUUAGGCGGAUUCUUUCUGAUGAUGGUCUUGUUGGUACUGUACAAAAGCAAAUGUAAAACUCGGUCACUCUCCGAUCAGCACCUCGAGGCCGUCAUCAAGGCGGCGGUGGACCAAGAGGAACAGCUGGUCGCUCUUGCUAAGAGAAGUUCCAGUUCCAGUUAUUGUUCCGGCCACGGUAUCUGCCGGUGUUCUCGGAGGUACAGCAUCCCUGAAAACGCAUCUACGGUCGAUUGCAAUAACUGGAAUCGCAAAUCUAGAGCUUACCUUUCGGAAACUCAAUACCAUCCGUACACAGCAGCCAACCAGAUAAGAAACGACAGGUUUAUGAAGUCACCGGUAUUGGAAUACUCAUUUGAAGAGGAUGAAGAUGAAGAAAUGGAAGAUCUCAGAAGAACUAAUGGUUACCGGAUAGCCAAGUGGUUAGAAGUGCCAGAUGAAAAAAAUGUUAUAUCAAGGGGUAAUAGCGCAAUCACAGUCAGCAGUAAUGAUACCAGCUACUUGGAGGCUAGAGGGUCGUCAUUAGUAGUGGGUCACCCACCGUCGCCUUUAAAUCAUCCAUCAUCCACCGGAGAUCCACCGUGGGAGUUUUACUAUCCCAUCGAUAUACAGGUGAUUCAGCCAACGCCGUGCCUGACGCCCAGCGGCAGCCAAGACAGUUUCUCGGACGUGCCCCAUCACACGCAGCAACUGUUGGCCGCCCGAGCCGGCAGACGCCGGACCCGUGACCCGCUGACGUCGGCCACGGCUCCAAUAGCGUCCAUCCGGACGUCGUGCAGCAGCUGCAGCGAGGACGACACGUCCACCGGCACCACUGUCGACUCGUCCGUGUUCGCCGACGACUGCACUAAUUGCGCGUCACCGCUUUUGCCGGCGGCGGCGGCGGCGAUUGCGGCGUCUACAUUGGGCUGGACGAGACGCCGUCGGAGAGCAGCGCGCUGUUGGGUCGGUCGCGCGGGUAUGCCAGGGGUAGGUUUCCGUCGUCCACGGCCGGCAGCCGGACGGGUCGCGGCCACCGGCCGUCGGACGACACGGACGGCAGCCGGCGGUCGUUCCGGGAUUUCCACAGGGCACAGUCGGCCGCGACGUCCAACGCUCGCGGCCGGUAAGAACGUCAUCUUCGUGCAGGCCGACGUCCAUCCGAUCGCAGACACAAUCGUCAACGCCAACUCUUUGUCAGGGUCUCUACGCGCGCUCUACGACGCGUCCAAAGAAACGUUGUUCUAGGUUAUAAGCUGUUUUUAAAAACUCGCGUGUCGCUGGCCCUAACCGGCCGACGCGCAAUCAGGGUUACCACUUUAAGAAUGUUAAACGUACACCUAUUAAAAACACUGUUCGAUCCCAAGACAUGAUAAAGAAAAUAUCGAUAAAACGAGCCGCGCCGUUACCGUAAAAGUAAACGGCAAUUUUACAAAUGGCCUAUAACUCCCAGUACACUAACGAACGGUUUGUCGAUUUGUUGACAAAUGCCAAGUUUUGGUAAUAUUUUAGUUUGACGUAGACUUGUUCUAGACCAUGUUGGCCAGAGGCACAUUUGGAGGGGGGCUGUGGAAGUUUGGACUUUUUAAAAAGUCUGAAAGCACGUACCAAUAACACACGUCUUUAAGUACAGACAAAUCAUGGCGGACACUUAUUUUAUUGUAUACAUAUUUUUCUUCAUCGUCGAACUGAUCGGUUAAUACAUCUCGAUCAUCGACUUGUCAACCAUCAACUCGUGGUCAAACAUUGGCAUACACCGAUCGGUUUAUCUGUAUUUUUUUUGUCAAUAAACCAACAAACCAAUUGUUACUUGUACUUAAGGGGGACUUAAAGCUCGAUCAACUUAUUGUGGGGCCAUUGAUGCGGGAGGCGUAAAAUAAUUUUGAUUUUAUUGAUUCAGAACGUACACGAUUGGAAUACAUAAUCACCGAAUUCCUUUUUAAAAAUAACAAAAUUCUGUUGGAAUGUAGUUUUUAAAAUAACCUGUUUAUUGGCAAGUGAUUUACAUAAUACUAUGUCAAAACACGAUUUAUUUGGUAUAUGUUUUGAUAGAAAAAAAAUACUCGGAAUAACAUUGAUUUUGAAUAGUUAAAAUGUAAUUAUAUUCAUUACCUACGUUGUCCUGUACAAUAUUAAAUUGGGAAAAAAAUUAUCUGAAUAAGAUAUCGCUUAAAAAUAAUGUUCUAAUGGAAUUGGCAACUAUAAAAAUUGAGAAAGUAUUAAGCCAAAAUUAAUAAUUAGAUGCGAACAAUAUUUCAUUUUAAUGUUCUUAAGUUCAACCUUCUAAUGUUACUAGUUCAAUAUGCUAUUCAGAAUAAUAAUAAGUUGGAAUAUGUUAUACAAGUAAUAGUAUACAGUAAUUUUAUAUUUCAAUUAUGAUGAUAUUAGAUAUAUAUAUUUUACAUUACAUUACUUUAUCUCUACUCUAUUCCAAGCAAAUAUUUUGUUGUAUUUUAUUUUUUAUGUUUUUACAAAAUAAGUAAUUUUAAUGUUUUUUAAUUAUAAAUUGCUAUCAACAAUUAUUUUCCUACGUAAUAACUUCGAAGUGCACACAAUUGCAAAAUAUUGUCAUUCCAAGUAUAUUAUUUCAAAUAUAUUACCGUCCAAGAUAAAUUAGUAUUCCACAAACCAAUUAAUUUCCUAUAAAAAUACUGGUUCGAUGGAACAGCGUUCUUGGUUAAAUAACUUCACUUAAGACAUAUCCCAUUCAAUACCAUUCCGGAUAAUUAUUACCAGCUGAAUAUUUUCCAAAUUUCUUAAUUUUCUCCCACGUUAAAAUUUGACAUAAAUCCUCUUCUGGGAAGGUCAUGUGAUCUAUUAAAACUUGUCAAUUUCGUAGGUUAUGAUGCGGUUUUUCUGAAAAUAUUCAAUUCUACGUGUUGGGUUUUAAUAAUUAUACAAAAUCGUUCUUCAAAAUCUAUCCUCAAAAUAUAUAUAUAUAUAUAUAUAAUACAAUUUAUUGUUCAUUUUAUAAAUAAACAUUGCAAACGACCCGUUGAGUGUAAAAUUGUUUUUUUGGCUUAGAAUGUAUCGGCAACUCCGUUGUCUCCGCGAAGGACUUAACGAUUAAUUUACAGAGUUGUGCAUCAUUCGAAUAAUUUUCAAACUUAUAAUUUAAAUAGUUUGUAAGUACUUUAUUUGAAAACAUUAUUUCGUAUAAAUAUAAUAUUUUAUACUACAUUUACAAAAUACACGAAACCAGUAAUAUGGUAAUAAACAUUUUCAUUCUAAUACAUUUUUUUUCGGAUAAUUAUUAUUCGAAUAAGAAUUUGCACAACUCCGUUUGAAUAAUUUAUAUUUUCUUCGUUCCGCCGUUAUAUUGUUAUUGUAGGCAAUUUUCGUGUUUCGUUAUAAGUCACAUGAUUUUUACCAAUCAUCCCGUGGUCGAUUAUCUCUCGUCCAUAUGAGAAUCAUAAUAUUUAUAGAAUGCAGUCGUUUUAACGAAUUCAAUUCUACCGAGAUAAUUUAUCACGGGAACAGGGUUCAUUUAUAACAUAGCCUAACCGUUUAUUAUAAUCAUAUGAUUAUUUGUACAACAAUAUUACGUCGGGUAUAUAUUGUGCUAAGUAUAUAGUUUAUAGAGUAAAUUAUAUUAUUAUCAUGUUAUACUAUAUUAUUAUAUUAUAUUAUUAUUAUGUAAAUGCAUAUAUUGCUAUUGUUAGACAUUAGUAGAAAAGCGCCUGCAUAGGGGCGCCGUUUUUGUUAUUGAACAAGUUGAUUUAUAUCAUGUGUUUUGAAUAUUAUUAGUUUAAGUGUAUAAUAUAUACACUCAUUAAAAAUAUAUAAAGCGGUUUGUGUGUGUGUGUGUUUGUAUAUCAUGUACCAGAAAUCAAUAGAUAAUAUCUCCACGGUGAUGUAUAAAUAAUUUUAUCAAGUAAAAAACAAAUUUCAGCGCGAACUCUAAGUUUUGUGUACCAAUCAAAUUUAAGAUAUUUACCUUCCAGUUUGAUGUAUUGUUAAUUAUGAUGUAUUUAUUGUACAUUAAAAAAAAACUACUGUCGACAUAUACUUAUGUGAAAGUUAUGAGCAAUAUACUAGUGUUUUUAAUUUGAUUUUAUAUAGUAAAAUAAACAGAUAAGAUACAUACGUCUUAAUCUGAAUCAUAUGAUACGACUACAGGGAAUCUUUUAAACAAUACAACUAAAGGUUACUGUUUUUGAUUUCUUAUAUUAAACUCUAAGCGAGUUCAGUUCACUUGCAAAAAUAUAACCUCACGCUGCUAUCUAAUGGCUGAUGUAAUCUGGGAAAACAAUUGUGUAUUAAACGUUACCAAGGCUGUUAACCAAUCUGCAUCCGCGGUCAAUGUUUACUGAAUAAUAUAUCCUAAAACUUUUGUUUUUUAUAUCAGUUUUUAAAUUUUAAUCAUAAUGACCUAAAAUAAAAAUUUUUUUUUCAAUUGGGGCUUGACCACUAAAAUUAUUUUUUGUUAUGUUAAAUAACAUAAAAAAUCUUUGUAAAAUACUUAAAAAAUCAAAACUUAUAAUGCGUACUUAAAGUAAAUACACAGUGUUUAAUUGUAAAAAAACAUAAUUAUAUAUGAAAAAUGUCGGGGUUAAGUUUUUUUUUUAUACAUUUGCAUACAUCUAAACAGAAAUUGUUGUUGAGUUUAUAGGUUAAGUGCUUAUUAAGUUUUUGUGAGAGAAUUUGUUUUUAUGUUUAUUUAUGUUAUAAAAAGAUUACUAGUAGACAGUAGUUACAACAAUAGUUAGUGUGGUUUAAUAGAAAACGGGCCCAAGCAAAUGUUCAGGAAAAAUAAAGUGGAAACCCUUAAAAAUUCAUAAAGUUCUAAAACUUUAAGUUUUACUAAGUAAAACUACACUUUUUAUAAUAAGGUAAAAUUAAAAAGUGACAAUCGUUAUUAAAAAUUCAAACAGUUUUUCGUAUAAGUCAUUAGCUCUAUUUUAAUAAGCCAAGUGGCUAAUGAGUAUUCUUACAAACUCUACAUCUGUUAUUAAUAAAUUUAUAAUUGAAUAGAUAAUUUAUAAUGUGUGCCAAAGUGCGAAGU